AUGACAAUGGAAACGAUAUUGAGAAGCUUGGAUGACGAAUCAGAAAGCGAAGGAGAGAGCCGAAUACAUUUCGUUCUUCGCAGUUUAGCUGGUCAAGAGCGCAGAGACUCUUUGAUUAUUGUUGCUCAUGCCAUCACUCUGGCGGCAGCUGCUACAUUAGCGGACGCAAAUACUGGGGACGAUACGCUGGACUGUGCUCCCUCAGAAAAAAUCGAUGUGCUGGAAGGCGAAAUUGAUCGUAUCAGGCUGGGAGUGAGGUUUCCGCCAGGUAGCGUGGUGACACUUAAUUUGAUCGACACUGGCCCACCGAUGGCUUACGAGUUACUGCCAGAUGUCGUGCCACCGCUUUCCUACGGCGAAUUGUACUCGAACGGACCAGUUUUUGAAUCAGUAAUAUGA